UAUGAACUCAUCUUCUAAGUUACCUUCGCCAGUCUGAUUCAUCCAACCUAUAUGUAGAUUUAAAUCACAGUACUUGGUAUGCAUGCGAAAUGCUGAAACCUGCAAGGUCAUGGAUCAAGAGCUUGGAAACUGGAAUCUGACUGACAUGGACACAAAGGGCUGAAAAUUUCCUUCAUUCUAUGAAGCUACAAUCUGUGGGGAGGUUUGGCCCGUCAGAAGUGCCAUUUCUUCAGAUGAAACUUGACUCCAAGGCUGCACCUGCCUUCUUGGAUAGGCAUGAAGUAUUCAGUGGCACUAUUCAAAGAUCAGGAAGUUCUUAGUGUUCUGAUGAACCUUUAUCCAACAAACCACACCACCAAAACAGAUGAUGCUUUUAGGAUCUUGAUGCACAUUUUCCUAUAUUGCAACUUCAAAAUAUUUUCUGGUUGUGAGAUGCAUGGGACCUCCUGAACUCAUGGAAGUUGGAACAGUAUAUGGAUGAGAGUUUUAUCAAGCAAGCCUUUUCUGCUAUGGGUGAGCCAACCGUUAAUGUGAAAAUCAUUAGCAACAGAAUGACUGGAACACUCGCAGGAUAUUGCUUUGUGGAGUUAGCUGACCAAACCAGCGCUGAUCGUUGUCUCCAUAAACUGAAUGGGAAGCCUUUGCCAGGUUCAAAUCCGCCCAAGAAAUUCAAGUUAAAUUAUGCAACCUAUGGAAAAAAACCAGAUGCAGGACAGGAAUAUUCCAUAUUUGUGGGUGAUCUCUCUUCUGAAGUUGAUGAUUUUCAUCUGUAUGAUUACUUUGUGAAAAAAUAUCCAUCUUGUAGAGGUGGAAAAGUGGUGACAGACACAUCUGGGAACUCAAGAGGUUUUGGGUUUGUCAGGUUUUCUGAUGAAGCAGAACAGAAAAAAGCUUUGGAAGAAUGUCAGAACAGCAAAGGAUUAGGAGGAAAACCCAUCCGAAUAAGUAUAGCAGUGCCAAAAAGUGCAAAGACCAAACCAGAAUACCAACCAACUACCACAUACAAUUAUACGCAAUACUAUCAACAGUAUCAACAAUAUUACUCUCAGUGGGGGUAUGAUCCCUAUGCCGGCUACAGUUAUGGGUACCCGCAGUAUAGCACCACUGAGGCACCAGCAAUAACCUCUUCCCUAAUCACAGAAAUGACGCAACUGUCUGAGUUUCAGCAAAAUUCCACAAUUACUGAGGAAACUGACGAGGAGCCCGUGGAAGAUCCAGACCCAAAGUUGGAUAUUGAUGAAGUUAACAAACAAUUCAUGGAACAAAGUGAAGAACUGUAUGACUCCUUAAUGAAUUGUCACUGGCAACCCUUGGAUACAAUCACUUCAGAGAUUCCCACUGCAGUAUAAAACAAUUUGAAAUAUAUUUUUGUAAAUGCUAACUCUUGAUGGUAUCCUGUAGGGCUAUUUUGUUUUCCAUUGUAUAUCAAGCAAACUGACUUCAGAGAUAUCUGUAAUUUGAUAUUUCAGUCUUAAACUAAGAACUGAUUUCUUACUGUUAAAUUCUUUUCAAUACCCUUUGUAAAUGGUUUGGUUUGGAUCUUGUACUAGUCCUUUCAUCUUGGUCUGCCCUGCUAAAUAAAGUUAUCUUCUGUGUA